GGUAAGCAGUUCUUUUUCUUGUGUGUGUGUUUAAAGAAGAUAGAUAGCACAAGUCUAGUCCAUAGAGAACACCCAACCAAAAAAAAAAAACAGUGUUCGAUCUUCUGGUUUCAUCAACCAUUUAAAACAAAAAUUCCAGAGAAAAUCUAUACACUUUCUUGGUGGAGUUUGAAUCUAUCUAAGAAAAAGGGAGCAACUUCAUUUUGCUUUCUCUCUCUAUUUUAUCAAAAAAAUUCAUCAAAUUUCUGUCUUCGGUUUCAUGAAGUUUCACUCUUUGUGAUUCUGGAAGCUAAAGCCGCUGAGUUUAAAUUGCAGAUCUUGAGGUUAAGUAUUGUGUUAUGGAAGAAGUGAAGGGACAAAGAGGAAAUGGAACCACAGAGGCAGAUUUUGUGUUGCAAUGGGGAGAGAGGAAAAGAGUUAGAUGCAUGAAGGUGAAGAAAGAUCAAAGCCUUACUAAUGGCAAGUCAACUGAUUGUUUGACUAAGCGCAAACUCAUUUCGCGCGCUGUAUCUUCUGAGAGAGGCUCUCCUUCUCGGCAUCUUAACCGUCCAAACAAGAUCAUAGAUUCUCCAGGUAAUGUGCGGAGAUCGUUUGUGGCAUCGCCUGAGAAGGAAGAUAGGUACUACACAACGAGGGGUUCGAUGGGUACAGAUGAGACUGGAAAAAUUAUUAAGGAACCUGUCAAGGAAACCAAGAAACAUGUGUGGCCAAAGUUGUUUAUAACUUUGUCAAAUAAAGAGAAGGAAGAAGAUUUCUUGGCUAUGAAAGGGUGCAAGCUUCCUCAAAGACCAAAGAAACGAGCCAAAUUGGUUCAGAAGACAUUGCUUCUGGUGAGUCCAGGUACUUGGUUAUCAGAUCUGUGCAAAGAGAGGUAUGAAGUAAGAGAGAAGAAGACUUCAAAGAAGCGACCAAGAGGAUUGAAGGCAAUGGGGAGCAUGGAAAGCGAUUCAGAGUGAAGAACGGUCGAACAAAAUUGGUUCGGACUUAAAGAAAUAUUCAAGAUCUUGGUGAGGCUAUGAAGGAGACGACGCACAAGGAUAUAUUUAUUUGUUUAAACACAUUUUGAGAAGCUUCUCUUCUUUACCGAUCAAACUAUGAGCCACUUGUAUUUUUGCUGAUGUUUUGCUUUCGAAGCUAAUCUAAGUCUUGGUAAUCAAAAUCACUUUUCUCAGC